UAAUUGUUGUCAUCAAACAACCAACAGUCGAUAUCUAUUUGAAACUUCAAGCUCAAUAUCCAGAAACACUUACUUGUCCAUGCUCAUCGAUUUCUAUCGAGUAUAAACAAUUUAUUUCAUUUCAACCAACGUUUCAUCAAAUAUGUUCGAGUGAUUUUGUAACAACCAAUUGGAUAGAUUCUUUUGUAACACGUGUUACUUUGGUUAGAUAUGAUAUUCGCAGUAUAGGCUCGAUUUAUUUUACAACACUAUCAAAAUUCUGUAAUCUAUCACUCGAAACAAUUAAUAAUGCGUUACUCAGUUUUAAUUCAACUAAAUAUACGACAAGAAAUGUUCAACAACUUGAUCUUUUUCAAUCUCAAACAGAAAAAAUUAUCGAUGAUCUAGAAAAAUCUACUACCAAUUCGUUUCUGCAAUUAUUAUCGAUAUAUAAACAUACUUUCAUCGAUAAUGCACUUUUUUCAGGAUAUUUAUCCAGUUAUCGUUAUACUACUAUCACUGACAAUUCAUCAAAUUCAUUAAACCAAGUUUUCUUUCCUGCCGUUUAUAGUCCUGAUGAAAAUGAUAGUGGUAUCCGUUGUUCCUGUAAAACAUCUCCAUUGACAUGCGGUCAAUCCACAGGUAUUUAUGAAGCAUCAGGAAAUGAUAAUUUUCUUAUAUUUAUUGUACCUGGUAUUCGUGUCAGUUGUUUUCUGACAGACUCGCUAUUGCAAUCAACAUUGGAGUGUUUCUUUGAUCAACAGUGUUUCGAUAAAGUGCAGAAUUUUACAGUCUCAACUUCGCGAUUUCCAUUCACUACGACAGCUUUGAAAUACAAUUCGACAAACACACAAUACAACACAAAUACUAGCAUUGGAGAUAUUGUGGAUAAUUUAAUGAUUGAACAAUGGAACAAUAAAACAUCUUUUACAUCUUAUUUUGAGCAGUGUAAUUCACAAUCAUGUACGUAUAGUUACACAAGACAGGGUGACCUUCGUUAUAUACUCACAACAAUUAUUGGAUUGAUUGCUGGAUUGAUAACUAUAUUACGAGUUCUUAUACCACCAAUUGUUUCUUUUGCUAGACGAAAAAAGAAACCACUUAUAUCGCCCAUUAAGAGUAAGUGA